UAUGUGUGAGAGAGACAGAGUCGGAGUUUGCAAUAGAGAUCGCAUUCAUAACUAUCAAUGGACGUCUAUGGCUUAUCUUCACAAGACUUACUUAGAGUCGAUGACCUUCUUGACUUCUCCAACGAAGACAUCUUCUCCGCCUCUUCUUCCACUUCCACCGCGGCUCCGUCCUCCUCCUCUUUCCCUCCUCAGAACCCUAACUACCACCAUCAUCUCCCUUCCUCCGCCGAUCAUUCUUUCCUCCACGACAUCUGCGUUCCCAGUGAUGACGCAGCUCACCUGGAGUGGCUCUCACAAUUCGUCGACGACUCCUUUGCUGAUUUUCCGGCGAACCCACUAGGAGGAACUAUGACGUCCGUGAAAACUGAAACCUCGUUUACGGGGAAACCAACAAGCAAAAGAUCAAAACCUCCAGCUGCUUUGGUCGGAACAUGGGCACCGAUGUCGGAACCCGACCAGAAUAUUCAUGUCACCGGGAGGUCCAAGCCUAAGAAAGAACACUCCAACGGAGGAGGAAGACAUCAAUCUUCGUCAGCGGAGACCGCGGAAGGAGCAGGGUUGAGGAGAUGCACUCACUGUGCAUCGGAUAAGACGCCACAGUGGAGGACAGGACCACUCGGGCCUAAGACGCUGUGUAACGCAUGUGGAGUCCGGUUUAAAUCCGGUAGACUUGUACCGGAAUACAGACCGGCUUCGAGUCCGACUUUUGUUUUGACUCAGCAUUCAAACUCUCACCGGAAAGUGAUGGAGCUGAGAAGACAGAAGGAGGUUAUGAGACAACCACACCAAGUCCAACUUCACCACCACCACCACCAUCCGUCGUUUUAGUCAGACGUCACCUUUUUGUUUUUUUUUGUUCUUCUUGGAGGGUUGGGUGGUCACGUGAUGUGUCGCGAGUCUACUGGUGUUGAUCACGUGACCGACGACGAUGGGAGCCUAAAGUUAAUUAGUGUUAAACACGAACUCUGCUAAUAAAUUCAACCUUGUUAAUUGUUAUUAUUAAAAAUUAUAAACACUUUGGUU